GUCACGUGAUCAGGGAGAAGCCGGGGUCCCUUGGCCGUUUCCGGAAAUCCAAGAUGGUGACCAGUAGGAAGUUUUUAUGUUAACCGGUCAACUUGGAAGUGACCCCCAGCGCAGAGGUUCCCGGCUGCUGCGAGCAUCAUCUCAGGAUUGGACAGAACUACUUCCGCCAACGCCCAUGAUCCAGUCGCCACCCCAGCGCUUUCCUUACUGACCAGUUCGAUGAGAUUGUGUGAUCCCUGGAGGUGUCAACAUCCUGAAUCUCGUUUAGCACCCCGGUAACUGUGGAUCAUCCUUAAAAGAAGUGUGCUUAGAGAGAGAACAAGUCUGAGGCAUUGAAUUAUUUCACCAAGCGGAACAUAGACGUCUGUUACAGGAAGAAAGUUCCCCUUCUGAGACCUGAAAGAUGUCUCAUCCAUCAUGGCUACCGCCAAAGAGCUCUGGGGACAGCCUGGGACAUGUCACUGCCAGAAUGGAGACUACACAAGGGUUUGGUACGCCUAGCAUCUCCAUAUCAACUCAACAAAAUCCUAAGAAGUUUGCACCUGUAGUUGCUCCAAAGCCAAAAUACAAUCCUUAUAGAGCAGGACAGUCUGAAGGAGGUGAUGGGGAUUUCCCUCCACCUCCACCUCCACUUCCUGAGGAUACCAGCAGUCUUCAUCAUACGUCUGCUGUUGGGGGCUUUCCUCUCCCACCUGCUCCCGAUGAAGCAAUGUUCAAUAUUCAGAUAAACACAGGUGGUAAGACUAUAGAAGAGCGACGCUCAAGCCUCGAUGCCGAGAUCGACUCCUUGACGAGCAUCUUGGCUGAUCUGGAAAGCAGUUCUCCAUACAAGCCACGUACAAGUCAGGGCUCUGGAUCCACAACUGGGACACUGUCACAUCCCUCAGCUGGAACUCCAGUAACUGGCCAUAAACGGAUGAUUAUACCGAACCAACCUCCUCUCACUGCAACAAAGAAGUCUGCUGCAAAACCACAGCCACAGUCUACUUCCCAGCCAGCACCAGCAGGAUCACCAGGAGCACAGAGACCUCAGCCUGUCCCUGCAUCUUAUGCCACUGCUUCCACUCCCAACCGACCCACAUUUAAUGUGCAAGUUAAAUCUGCCCAGCCUAGCCCUCAUUUUGUCCCACCAGGCCCCCAGCCAGGUCAACAUUACAAUGUUUCACCAAACCAGUACUACGCUCCUCAAAAACCAACAAUUCAACGUGAACCAGAGUAUAUUCCACCUCAACCUGUGCGCUAUGCAGAUCCUGGUUAUGGGUAUAACCAGGGUAACCAAGUAAAGUAUCAAGAUCCUUACUAUACAGCAACACAGGGUUAUGGAGGAAGAAACAAUUCUGAGGUUCCUUAUGCACAACAAGGAGGAUGGAAAGCCGAACCGGCUUAUACUUCAUCACCUGCAAUGGGUCAGCAACCUCCUGGAGCAUAUCCACCUCCCAAUAGUAAGAAGACCUACAUCACUGACCCACCUUAUGUUCCACCACCACCACCACAACAACAACCUAAGGCAACCUACAGUGCAGGGGCCCCUGCUCUAAGGCCUGAGGAUGAACUGGAACGACUGACCAAGAAGAUGUUAUACGACAUGGAGAACCCUCCAUCUGAAGAGUACUUUGGUCGCUGUUCUCGCUGUGGAGAAAAUGUCGUAGGGGAGGGUACUGGAUGCACAGCUAUGGACCAAGUGUUUCAUGUUGAGUGUUUCACCUGUAUGACCUGCAACAGCAAACUGCGUGGGCAGCCAUUCUAUGCUGUAGAGAAGAAGGCUUUCUGUGAGCCCUGCUACAUACACACUCUGGAGCAGUGCAGUGUCUGUGCCAAGCCAAUCAUGGAGCGGAUCCUGAGAGCUACUGGGAAAGCGUAUCACCCUCAGUGCUUCAUCUGUGUCGUGUGUUUCCGCAGCCUGGAUGGAAUCCCUUUCACUGUGGAUGCCUCCGGCCACAUUCAUUGCAUUGAGGAUUUCCACAAGAAGUUUGCCCCAAGAUGCUCAGUAUGUAAGGAACCGAUAAUGCCUGCCCCUGGCCAGGAGGAGACUGUUCGGAUUGUAGCUUUGGACCGUGACUUCCAUGUGCAGUGUUAUCGCUGUGAGGACUGUGGAAGCCUUCUCUCGGAAGGGGAAAAUCAAGGCUGCUACCCACUGGACGGACACAUCCUGUGCAAGUCGUGUAACUCUGCUCGUAUCCAAGCUCUUACUGCCAAGUCUAGCACCGACCUGUGAAUGAAUAGCACCUUCUCUUGAAUGUUAGGAUCGUCCUUACUGCUUUUCAUUGCUCCUCACAACCCAAUCAGUACCUGACUAAUGGUCAGAUGGAUUUAGACACAAGGCCUAUGUAAGGACUUCCUUUUCAGCGGCACAUUGUAAGGGGGUUUCACAUUUCUAAUUAUUUCACUUGCUCUUCAUUCAUAGCACUAAACAAUGUAUUAUCUGUAUUUUUCUUCAGUUUCAGAGGAAUUAGUAGUCCAGUUUUUUUUUUCCAUAUAUCACUUAUUCUAAUAGGACUAAAUGUAAACUCAUUAUGACAAUUAAAGCAGCAGCUUAUGAAUUAUAAAAAAAAAAAAAGUUAAUAAGUGAAUAAUGGCGCUCUUCCCAGUUCGACAAACAAAGGCCUUGUUUGCUGACACAGCGAGUAAGAGCAAGCCCAUCAGACUGUGACAAGUAAUACAUGGGUCACAUGGAAAUAUCUGCAGUGCAGUAUAUAUAUAUAUAUAUAUAUAUAUAUAUAUAUAUAUAUAUAUAUAUAUAUAAUAUUCCCGCUAUAGUUAGAACCAUUUCUGUUUACGUUGAGACAGAGUUCAGUUUGAUGUCAUUCACUCACUUUUUAUUCUACGCCUUUGCUUCUCUUCUUAGCACACACUUUGGUGGCUACUGGUGAUGCCAUUUUCUGUUUGUGAUUGGAUGUAGUAAUUGUGCUUUAUCGGUGGUACGUAGUUAUGAUAUGCAGACACUCCUCUCUUCCCAGGUAAUAUCUUGCGUAACCCAAUUUUGAACUUGACUUUAAGAAAUUAUUCAUGUUCCGAUUGUGCUUUCUAGAUAUAUGCAAGCUAGCAAGGUGCCUUAUAACUAAAUAGUGUUCAGGUCAGAAUACUUAGACUAGGAUCUAGGUAGGUACUGUAUGCAGUAAUUCUGGGAAGACAUCAAUAGAUUGCAGCUUUUGGAUAUAGAAUAGGGUCACAAUGCAGUGCAUUAAUGAGCCCAAUCCUGCAGCUGAUCUUUAGUAUUUAAUUUAGGUAUAUUUCUUAAAUGGAUGUAAAGGGAUUUUUCCAAAUCCUGUUCCCCCCUCUCCCCCCCCCCCCCCCUUUUGACUUCCUCUCAUUACAGAGAAUAAAGUUGUAAUUGCCAUUGAGCUGUAGGUUUCGUGCACAUAUUCAGUCAUUCCUUUGCUUUCUUUCCAGCAGGGAUUAAUGCUAUAAAUUUUAAAAUGCUUUUAAAAGCAGACCAUAAAUAAACAAGUGUCUGCAGCCACUUUGCCUUAUCCAAAUGUGUUUCCUAGACUCAGGAGAUUUAUAGUUUAUUGUAAGCGCCAUAUAUGCUCCUGUAACAAUGAGCUAUGGAUAGGAGAGGUGCAUGUUUUUUCCUUAUAAAGAGAAGUAUAAUAUAUAUAUACAUGUAUAUUUUUCUAUUAGAACUUACUUGAAAAGUGAGUUAUUCUAUAUUAUACUGUGUCUUUGUUAGGUCAUUAUAUACAAAUUUCCAUAAGUAUGAACUGCAUAUACUCUAUUGCAGAUGUACGGUGAUUUAAAAGGACUAUCUGGUUUGUUUAAAAAAAGGAUAUUUUCCAUGAUGCCUUUUGUGCUAAUUAUGUAAUUACUGCCCAAGUGAUACAUCAGCCUGCUCUAUAUACAAGCCAUACUGUAUCUUCAGUGUAGUCCUGCUCACGCCCAGCUCCAAGAUGGAUUUUCCACUCACAGUAGUGCACACUGGGGGGUGGGGUGGGCAUCUUAGUGCAAGGCAUACUGCAAUCGAAACCUGUCAGGUCCUCUUCGAAAAACAUUCCUAGGGAGAGGCUUGUAUGUUCUUUUGAUAGUAUCAAUAGUCUCAGUGUUUGAAUUACUUUUGAAUGAAUGUAAGCUACAGUCUCACAUCUUACUUUUAGGGACAUUACGUAUUCUGCGGCAGCGCUUACACUGCUAUUACAAUCCCCAUUGCCAACACAGUAUACUGUAAGCCACAAUGUUCUGAAAGGAGCUAUAUCAUAUGUAUGUAUGGUAUUUUAAGUACUCUUAACAACUGGUUAGGGAAACACUAAACAAUAAGUAAAAAAAACCAUCACAUUAUUGCUGUAUUUAGCACAAAGACCGCUCAGACUAGUUUUAUAAAUUUGUUUUUGUUUUGUGCGGGUGUGUAUGGAUGUGCUCUUAAAGUGUCACGUUUCAAAGCCUAGAUGGUGUAAAUCUUAUGCAAUUACCUGGAAAUAUUCUUGUGCUUUUUACCCAACACAUCAGAAAAUGGAAAAUGGUUACACAUGGAGAUUCAUACAGAAGAUAAAAUAAAUACUACUUUGCACUAUAUAAAGAGUAUUAGUCUUAAACUAAAUACUCAUUUAGUUGCUCCGCAGUAUAAAAAAAAAUUUUGUACAGGUAACAACUCUGGUAGCUAUUUUUUAAACAAAUCCAAUUUUCCUAAAACUGCCUUUCAAUUGCCUACAAAGUGUUUUUUCUUUGUCAUAGUAGGUUGGUCAUGUAGUUUAUAGUGAGUGCAUAGGCUACAUGUCAUAGAUCAAAUCGAACCAUGAAAAUAUUUUCUCCUAAUGCGUGUAGACAACUUAAUGGUCUGCAUUGUGUUCUCCCGUUACUCAUAAGGCAUGAUUGGCACAUGUACAAUUGGUUGACUUGAUAUUACAACAUAAAAUGGCAACAGUUUCAAUGAUUCCAAAAAUAAGGCAAGCUACAGUAUAUUAUAUUAUAACAAUGAAUAUAAGAUAUGUAAAUUAAAAACAAAGGGGAAAUCCCAGAUUUUCAUUGAUAAUUUCAUAUUCAGAAGUGAACCAAAUAAAUGGUCAAAUAAUUAAAUACAAAUGGAAUGCAACAACGGUAUAGCUGCUGAAUAAGGUACUGUAUAUUUUCUAACCAGUUUUCUCCGAAAAUCUGAAAAGAAUUAUGUAUAAUGUAUGAAUCAUGUGCCGAUAACCUCUAAACAUGGGAGAAUAACUAUUUGCUUAGUUAGUAAACUUGAAUUAACUUCAUAGUAGUACUUUCAGUAAGCAAAUACAGUUUGAUAAAAAGUCCAUGCAAGUUCUUGACUAUUUGAUCCUGUGAAUGUGCAACAGCAUUGUAAGCAUAUGUUUCAUCAAUUUGUAAGCAUAUCUGCAUCAUCUGUUUGUAAUAGGCUGACCACAUUAUCCCUUUAACAUGGGACACUCAUGAAUUACACAGGUUCUGUGGCUGCUUAAAACCAGGGGAAAUGCAGUCUUGCAGUCAGCCAGCCACAGAACCUGUGUAAUUCAUGAGUGUCCCAGGUUAAAGGGAUAAUAUGGUCAGCCUACUUGUAAGCAUAUCUGUUUCAAAAAUGUUACAUUACCUUUCUUUGGUUUAUUAUAAAUGUUAAGUUGUAGAGAAACCCAGUUUAAUGGUGCUUAACUUUCCACACCAGAAGCACAACAGCACUGAGCAAUCAUGACAGCAGUGCAAUAAUGGAACAUUUAUAAUACAUUAUUUAUAAUAUACUGACAUUUUGUAAGUGUCCCUAAGCAGAAAACUGCCGGAAAAUAACUUCCUGGUUGGGAGUCUGAGUUCUCAUUCGCUGAUCACGUGAUGCGUGUAUAGCAUAACACAGCCCUGUUGCUGUAGCUUUUACAGCAUCAGUAGUUGUGUUAUUCAUUAGCCCUGAAAAAAUGCAUUUACGUGUCAGUGUAUUUGUUAGAAGCAAUGGGUUUUUAUCACUUGGCGGUACAUUUUUUAUUUGUGGAAAUUACAUUUAAUGAUGCACUCUGUUCAUUUGUAUCACAUACCGUGACCUCAUAUCUGCCGGGAUCUAUCAGAUCUCCAAAUAAUGAAACAAGCAGUAUGUUUACACAUGAUAGUCUUUUCAAUAUUCGUAUACUUAGGCAUUUUUUUGGUCCGUUUGUUUUUUUUUUAGCUCAUUUAACCUACAGUAUAUCUGCCAAACUGAUCAGGAUUCAUACUGUCUUCUAGCAUUUCCAGCAGCCAACGAGAGUGCCAUUAAUAAGUCUCAGCCAUUAUAGUUGUCGGAUGUUUCUUCAGUACUUAUACCAUCAUGUUUUCAUUUUGUAGUAUUCCUUCAGAUAUAUAAUUCUAAUUCCACUACUGUGUACAUAACUAGGAUCACUGCCAAGACACUUUAUUGUCUUUGUCCGAUAAACCACUUGUGACUGUUUACAGUGUAUUCCAUUGCCAGGUGUCUUUCAUUUCACGUGAAAUGUGAAUGCACACUCUCUAAGCACAGAUUCGGGCAACCUUUGGCUUGAUUGUUGUUGUCAGGGCUAGCUGGCAUGCUUGGACUUCUAGUUCCACAACAAGUCUCAAGUCACAUGUUCAUGAGCUCUGCUUUACCACAGCACUGAAGGUACAAAAGCAAGGAAUAUUUGCACACCACAAACCUCAUUGUAGAGUGAUUAACCCAAAGAAAACUCUAACACCAAAGAUAGAGGAAAACACUUCUCUUUCAGUAACAUUCUUGCCAUUCAUAAUAUUCUUAGUUUUUAAAGCACAUUUUGUGGCAAAUUGGGGAUUUGGGAAUCAAUAUAGGAAAUAAGUUGGAUAUAUAGUUGUUUUUUUUUUCUUUUUUGUAAUGAACACAAUAUGGCACCCUUACUCAAGAUGGCUGGACAAGCAAGAAAGCACGUAAUUAAUUUUGUUAUAAGAAUGGUAUAUUAAUGCAAACUGUGAUUAUUAUCUUAUUGUACCUUGUUCUAAUCUGAUUUUAUAAGAUAUUUUUUUUUUACUUAGUAAAGAUUUUCUGAUAAUAUCCACGCUUCACAUUAAAGUUUCUAUAUGCAUUAAAAAAUGUA